GUUCUGUGUGGCUGCCCUGCCCCGCCCCUGGGUCCCCGCCCCACCCGGGCGGUGUGUCCGCGGUUGUCGCCGCUCCCGCCGGCCGGGCAGGGCUGCGGGCAAGUGAGCUCGGCUGCGCCGGGGCUCCGCAGCCUUCCGCAGGUCUCCGCCCCUACCCCCGCCCCGGGGCGUCCUCGGGCAACGGGGCGGUAACGGGAAGAAAUGCGGCAAAGUUUCGUCUUCGCGCAAAAUCGGGGCUGUUCUCGGGCAGGGUGGGGUGGGGGCCGUCAGCUGGCUGGUUUGGGUGAAAGGCUUGCUCGGCUGCUGUAAGGAAAUCAAAGUGCGCUUUCGGGUAUUGGUUUGGCUUUGGGGGCGGGAAGGUGGCGGUGGUUUUUCUUUGCUAGAAGAGGAUUGCAAAGCUGCCGGGGGUUUAUCCCUCUGUCGGAGGGAGCCGGCGAUGAUAUUUUGCAAUUGCUGUAGGAAGACUGUCCUGGAAAUCCCCACGUUCUGGUGCAAACGCCUCCACGUAGGAGUCUGAAACGGUCUUAAGGGAUACAGGCAAAUUGGACAGUUGUGCUGAAAAGUCAUUCUGCUGACUUCUCCCAGCCCAGCUGUUUAAAACACAGCGUGCACACGUAGGAGUAAGCUGAAGGUACAGCUGAAGAUCUGCAGACUUAGAGAAGGUUUGAAACCAUGGCAAGCCUGUGUGCAGCAAAUACCACUUUUGCCCUGGACCUCUUAAGACAGCUGUGUGAGAGGAAAAGUGGUCAGAAUCUAUUCUUUUCCCCUUUUAGUAUUUCUUCUGCUUUGUCUAUGGUUUUGCUGGGUUCAAAAGGUAACACCGAAGCCCAGAUAACAAAGGUGCUUUCUCUGACCAAAGCUGAGGAUGCUCACAAUGGGUAUCAAUCCCUUCUCUCUGAAAUUAACGAUCCAAACACCAAAUACAUCCUGAGAACUGCAAACCGGCUUUAUGGGGAAAAGACGUUUGAGUUUCUCCCAUCAUUUCUAGAGUUGAGUCAGAAAUCCUACCACGCUGGACUGGAACCGACUGACUUCAUGAACGCUUGGGAGGAUUCCAGAAAACAAAUCAAUGGCUGGGUAGAGGAAAGGACUGAAGGUAAAAUUCAGAACCUGUUGGCAGAGGGGGUUCUUGAUUCCCUGACCAGACUUGUGUUGGUGAAUGCCAUCUAUUUCAAAGGCAACUGGGAAAAGCAGUUCAACAAAGAGAGAACGGCAGAAAGGCCAUUUCAGAUUAACAAGAAUGAGACCAAGCCUGUGCAGAUGAUGUUCAAGAAGGAUAGAUUUAACAUGACCUAUAUUGGAGACUUGCAGACCAAAAUCCUUGAGCUGCCCUAUGUCGGUAAUGAACUCAGCAUGAUCAUCCUGCUCCCUGAUGCAAUCCAGGAUGGAUCCACGGGCUUGGAAAGACUGGAAAGAGAACUUACAUAUGAGAAGCUGAUAGAUUGGAUCAGUCCUGAAAUGAUGAAGUCUACAAAGCUGAUGGUGUCUUUACCCAGAUUUAAGCUGGAAGAAGAUUAUGACCUGAAACCCAUUCUGAGCUGCAUGGGAAUGCCUGAUGCAUUUGACUUGGGGAAGGCAGACUUCUCGGGAAUGUCAUCUGGCAGUGAGCUGGUGCUCUCUAAAGUGGUUCACAAGUCCUUUGUGGAAGUCAAUGAAGAAGGCACUGAAGCAGCUGCUGCCACAGCGGCAAAAAUAAUGUUGAAGUGCCUUGAAAUCGUUCCAGAUUUCACUGCUGAUCAUCCCUUCCUCUUCUUCAUCCGGCACAACAAAUCUUCCAGCAUUUUGUUCUGUGGCAGGUUUUGCUCUCCCUGAAGAUGAGUUGUCUUGGCAGGAUAGGGGCCAUUACACAAUAAAGAUUUCUCUAGAAUAGGGUGACUCCUUUUCACUAAUUGCCUCUUUGAGCUGUGCCUGAACCCUCUUCCGUGGUCUUGAUCUGGGGCUUGGCAAGAAUAACAGAGCUGCUUAGAGAUCGACAGGAAGCGCUGUGUAAAACACCUCUCUCCCUGUGCACCUGUGUGGAGGUUCUUGCUGACAGAAGUAACAUCCCACUUGCUCAGCCAAGGCAUCUCCUGUCCUUGACUUGACUUUUAGUGUCCAUGAGGCCGAGUCGGGCACUGACAGCGCGUGAGAGAGCAGAAGUUACUUUUGCUUCUGACAAGGCUGGAGCACCUUUUUAGCUGCACUCCCCUUUCUUCUUCCAGUCUCAUCCAUUUAGUGCCUUGAUCCAUUCCCUAGAGCUGAAAGGAGUCUUUGGCACACUGUUCCAGGUGUUGCUGAGCACCCUACCUAGAUGUUUUGGGUUUUUUUGUCUACUAACUGGACAAGGACUUGGGCAGGAAUGGGAAUGAAAGUAUGUUUUUGUCCCAGAUGUCCUUAUGGGGUGUUUGUGGGGUGAGAACCUUUGUUUCAUCACCACAGGACUCCUGGGUUUACCUGUCUCCUGGUUCUACUCCUUUAACAAAGAAUGUAACAAAAGAGCAUAUGGUGCCUCUGCAAUAUUUGAAUGACAAAGCUUUAACGUUUUUGCUAUCGUUAUAUAUUUAUCCUAUUCAUAGUUUUGUAAACAUCAUAGCUGAACCGUAUAAUGCCAAAGCCACAGCUGAAACACAGGGAUGUUUUUGUGUUUCUUUCUUAACACAGGGCUGUGUUUGUGUUUUGGAGUUCCUGUUCCUGAAAUAAUAAAAAACCCACGAGCGCUGUGGGACUCCGUUCCUUUUUU